AUGGUAUCACUUACACAAUCAGAAACGUUACCCAAUUCUACUGAAGCUGCAAGAAAAGCUCCUCCUGCUAAAGUACCCGAAGAAAAACCUAGUAGUAACGAUGAAGACUCUAAACCUUUGGUGGGCAUUAUUUAUCCACCUCCAGAUAUUAGAAACAUUGUGGAUAGAACGGCGGUUUUUGUAGCAAGAAAUGGCGUCCAAUUCGAAGAACGUAUUCGAGAAAAUGAAAAACAUAACGCCAAGUUCAGUUUCUUGAAUCCUAACGAUCCAUACCAUGCUUAUUACCAAUAUAAAAUUACAGAGACUAAAGAAGGCAAAGCGCCUAAAAAACCCGAAGCUAAGGAUAUAAAGCCUGAAAAGAAAAAUGAAGGGCCUCCUCCUAAGGCACCACCAAAAGAGCCACCUUCAUUCGAAUUUAUGACCGAUAUGCCGGCAAUUUCGGCUCAAGAUCUUGAUAUUCUUAAGCUUACCGCACAAUUUGUAGCUCGUAAUGGACGACAAUUUAUGACCGCUCUAUCACAGCGCGAACAGCGAAAUUAUCAGUUUGAUUUUCUACGACCGAACCAUAGUUUAUUCAAUUAUUUCACAAAACUAGUUGAACAAUACACAAAAGUUUUAAUACCUCCAAAGAAUUUGAAUGCAAAAUUAAAGUCAAACACCGAAAACAAAUAUCAAAUCUUGAAUCGAGUUAUGCAACUCGCAUAUGCAUCUAUUGACUGGCAUGAUUUCGUAAUUGUCGAGACGGUUGAAUUCACAGAAGCCGAUGAAACUAUCGAUCUUCCUCCUCCCAUGAGUAUAAUGGAAUUAGAAAAUAUGACUUUAGCACAAAAAAAAAUGGCGUCCGUUGUAUUAGAUAUUCAACAAGAAGAUAAAGGCGCAGAGAUGGAUAUGGAGAUGGACGAGGAUAUUGAUAUGGAAGAAGAUGAUGAGCAAAUACUUCAAGAAAAUGAAGAGGAUGAUGCAGAUCCUGAACAAGAGCCUGCAUACGUGGAAAUAAAACCCCCUGAUGCUAGUGUUCCUAUUAAAAUUCGAAAAGAUUAUACACCUAAAAUAUUUGGUCCUAAGACUUCGACUGGCAAACCUACUCAGAUAUGUCCUCGCUGUAAUCAAGCAGUCCCAGUAGAUGAAAUGGAUCAACAUGUCCGAGUCGAAUUAUUGGAUCCUAAAUGGAAAGAACAGAAACAAGCACAAGAAGCUAAAAAGAAAGAGUCUAAUUUACUUCAAGAAGGAACAGAUGUUGCCAGGAAUUUGAAAGCCUUCUCAGGAUAUCGUUCCGAUAUAUUUGGUACUGAAGAAACUGAGAUUGGUCGUAAGCGUGCUGCUGCUGGCGUAUCAAUAGACGAACAAAUUGCCGCCAUCCAUAGAAGCAAAGGGCUAACAAGUGAUAGUGAUUCAAAAAUUGGCCCAAGAAUACCAUUACCACAGGAUUCACAACAACAAUUACAUCACCAACAGGCUUCUUUACAUCAGAUGUUACAGCAUCAAAUGCAACAUCAAGGACAAACUUCACAAUCUAUGCAUAGCAAUCAGCAGCCUGUUUUCACUGCAUAUCCCAUUAAUCCAGUCGUGCCUCAAGGACCGAAUGCUGCCAUGUAUUCAGGUUAUGUGCAUUCAUCUGCUCCUUUCGCACAUCAGCUUCCUGGAUAUAUGUCUUCUCCAGGUGCAGGUCAAGCUAUACCUUCGCGUCCUCCUGCACCAUCCAUGCAAUCUCAUCAUCGACCCGCUCAACAGUCUUCAGCUCUUGCACCACCUUCAGCUCAAGGGUCGUUACCGAAUUCUGGUGAAGGUCAUGAGGAUGAAACAGAAUUAGGUCCUGCUACAAAACGACAAAAAUUAGACGCAAGUAGUGGACUUAUUGCUGAAGAUGUUUGGUUAUCCAAUAACAAAGCUGCCAUAACUAUUCAGAUCCAAUGUCCUUCCAUUCCUGAAAAACCCGAAUGGAAAUGUCACGGACAAGCUUUACUUUUCUCAAAUAUACCUCUAACGACUUUAGUUUCAGCUGUAAAGGAUAAAAUUGCCACUAAUUUAGGCUUUCCAGCAGGAAGACAAAAACUAACACUGGGCGGUAAUGGCGUUGUAAUGAAGAAUCAAGUCACAUUAGCUUAUUAUAACAUGGAAGAUGGUGGAGUCAUAGGAUUGCAAGUAAAAGAUCGCGGUGGCACAAAAAAAUAA